AUGCUCUACACUGAAAGGCAUAUGAUAUUUAAAUAUGCUUAUAAAGAUAUUAUUAUCCUAGAAAAUGUUAUGAGGAAGAAACAUGAGACAACUAUCUGGUAUACCGUUGGUAGCGUUGCAGCGGCUUCUAGUCGCGUAAGCGUUGCGAUGGGGCAAGGUCAUUCGCCAAAUCGACACAACGGAAGCCAGGGUGGAGGAUUAAGAAAUUAUCGUUCGCUCUACGCUAGCGAAGCAAACUUUUAUCACCUUCAUAUCCACACUAUACAAACCGAAGGGGUCCAUUGCAGACGUUGGAACCCUAGUGGUGACAUAGACUAUGUGAAAAGCCGAAAAGCGGAAAGCAUAAUCUCCGGAACGCAAGCACCAUCGGUAAAAGAUUAUUCGCAUAGCGUUAUGAUGUCAACGGGAAUGCCCUAUCCCAAUAUACAGUUCCUGAAUUUAGAAGUAUCAUGUUCUCCUGUUUCUAUAAUUGGAGUUUCCCUCCAAGCCAGAGCAGGCGAUCUCGUUGCCGUCAUGGCCACUGUUGAGGAACAAGGCUCGUGUUUGUUAGAAACUAUUGCCGGUGUGCGAAAAAAACUCGCCGGCGAUGCUCUACUUAACGGGCAGCACGUAAACAUGAGGGCUCUACGUAGACGGAUAUCAUGGGCGCCUCGUCGUGAAAGUUUGCAUCCUUAUAAUUCGCAUCUAACUGUUUAUACCACUUUGAAAUUUUAUUCACAACUCAAAUACCCUCAAAGGGGCAAAUCUGACAUGACUGAUAGGAUAAGCAUACUCAUUGAAGAACUCGGCUUGGAGCAAGUGAAAGAUAUGACCGUUUGUCGUUUGACGGAUUCAGAAACUCAACGCCUGACAGUGGCAUGCCAACUGCUGCAGGACACUGCCAUAUUAGUUUUAGAUCAACCUACCAAGGGAAUGGAUAUAUUUGAUACUUUCUUCUUAAUUGAAUAUUUACGACAAUAUGCAGCUAAUGGCCGUAUCGUUAUACUAUCUUUGCAACCACCGACCUAUGAAAUAUUUUUGAUGUGUUCGGGCAUACUUUUGCUAUCAAGUGGUCGCGUUAUGUACUCUGGUUCAAGAAUUGGUUUUGUUGAGCAUUUCUCAAACGUUGGAUACCCAUGUCCAAUGUACAAAAACCCAUCUGAUUAUUAUUUGGAUUUAGUAACUUUAGACGAUUUAUCGGCGGCUGCGAUGCUUGAAUCUUCCGGAAGAAUAGAAUCACUUGCAGAAAUGUGGGCGUCGCAAGGAUUACCUAACCUAACUUACUUCCAGAUCCUCCCUGCUCUACUACGGAAGGAUGUUAAACCUAAUGCCUUUAUGCAGGCUAUAAUUCUUUUGAAACUAUUUCUGGUAUACAGCCAACCUAAUACAAUAGUCAGUUGGGUUUUUCGUCUAUUCCUGUCAAUUGUUAUGUCACUUGCUAUUGGUGCUAUAUUCUGGGAUUUGCCGUCGUCUGAUCCACAAUUAAAUUUAAAUGAUAGGAUUGGGUAUCACUAUGCGGUAUCUGCCGUUUGCAUUUGGCCUAUAUUACUUUGUGCAAUUUAUAGAGAUAUGAAAAAUAUCAAAAGCGUGGAGCGAGAUGUGAGAAUGGGAAUGUACGGUCGUUUUACGUAUAUUUUUGUUAAGGUAAAAUAUAAUAAACACCUGUAG